UCAUCAGUUUUAUGGAAAAAAAAUUGUUGAAAUUCACAUUCAAUUUUCAACUUUAAAUCCAUCGAUUUUUCCCGAUAUUUAUUGAUCAACUUUGUUUUUUACAAAAUGGAACCACAUUUUGGUUUGCCAUUCAAUAAUGGAACUGCAACAGGUCAAACAUCCGCAGCAGCAGCCGCAUCUACUUCAGCAGCAUUUCCAACAUUAGUAUUACCAAUCGAUCAACGUACACAUGAAGGACGCUAUAACCUAUGGUCAUCAUUAUCGGCUGUACCGCAUCAUCCUAUUCAUCAUCAUCAUAAUCAACAUACGAUGAAUGGUAUGCAAACAUCAUCAUCACCAACGACGCCACCAGCACCGGCAACAGCAGCUGCAGCUGCGGCAUCAGUUGCUUAUGCAGCAGCAGCUGCAUCGGCAGCCGCUGCUGUUAGUCGUUUAUCACCUUAUGAUCAUCCGCAUCCGCCGCAUCCACAUGGAUCAUUUUAUCCAUCACCAUUUCAUCAUUCGCAUCAUACGGCUGCGGCAGCAGCCGCUGCUGCUGCUGCAGCACAUCAUAAUCAUCUAAAUCAUCAUUUACAUCCGGCUGCAUUAAAUCAUCAUACAAAUUCUGCUGCGGUAGCAGCAGCGGCCGCUGCAGCCGCUGCAUCAAGUCCAACAGCAUUAUCACUUCGUGGCCUAUCAAGUCCAGAAUUAGCAAUGUCACCGACAUUCAAUACGGAUUACCUUCAACAAAUGAGCUUAUUAAAUCAACGUAUGGCAGCAUCGAUGGCAGCAUUAUCUGGUCAAACACCACCAUCAUCAUCAUCAACAUUAUCAUCAUCAUCAUCGUCUUCGUCAUCAUCGUCAUCAACCGGAUCUGGAAUCAACGAAACUGCCGCAACAACAACAGCCGCAGCUGUACAAGCAGCUGCUGCAGCAGCAUUUUUAAAUAAUCAAGCUGCAGCAGUUGCAGCAGCUGUGGCUGCUGCAUCCGCAUCCGUAGAUUCAUCAACGAUUACAAAUGGAACGACGACGACAACAACAACAACAACAACAGCAUCGACAACAACAACAACGGCAACACCAUCAUCCUUAUUUCGUACACCAAGUUCAACAUCAUCAUCACAUCCGAUUCAUUCGUUAACAACAACAAAUCGUAAACGUGCAUUAAGUUCAGCAUCAUCCUCAUAUGAUCAAAUGUUUGAUAUAAAUUCAAUGAUACGUUUUUCACCAAAUUCAUUGAUGACAUCGUUUAUCAAUAAUCAUCAUAAUCAUCAUGGAUCUCGUUCAUCAUCAGCUGCAUCUGGUUCAUAUGGCCAUCUAAGUGCAGGUACAUUAAGUCCGGCAUUUGGAUUAACAUCAUCAACAUCAGCAGCAGCAUUGGCAGCCGCAGCCGCCAAUCAAACAAUGUUAUCAUCAUCAUCAACAACUAGUCAUCAUCAUUUACAUCAUUUGAUGCGUUCACCAAUACUUAGUAAUUCACCAUUAUUAUAUCAUCAUUAUUCAACAAGUCCAUCGGCAGCAGCAGCUGCUGCUGCACAUCAUCAUCUUUUGAAUCAAGCAGCAGCAGCAGCCGCAUCAACUUCACCAUUCCAUUUUAAUCCAUUUCAACAUCAUUUAUCCAAUUUACAUUUGCAACAAUAUUCAAAUCAACAACAACAACAAUCAUCAACAACAUUAUGUACACCACCACCAUCAUUGAUUCAACCACCGCCGCCAACAUUGAAUUCAAUGACGACGACAAAGCAACAAUCAAAUGAUCUCUCAACUUCGACAUCGACGGCAACAACGACUACAACAAUAAAUCGUGAAACAGCAUCAAAUGUUGUAUCAUCAACUGUGGUUGAUUUUGAUGAUAAAAAUCGUUUAUCAAAUAAUCAUAAUAAUCAUAAUUCAACGAAAAUAUCGAAACGAACGGAUAUUGAUGUUGGCCAUAAUCAUCAUAAUCACCAUAGUCAUACAAAACAAUUAACAACGACAACAACACAAUCAUCUUCAUCAACAAUGAUGAUGAUUGAUGAUAAUCUUGAUCAUAAUUUGGAUGAUUGUAUUGAUUUUAUUGAAACCAAUUGUUAUUGGAAUGAUUGCCGACAAGAAUUUCAAACACAAGAUAAUUUAGUUAAACAUAUUAUUUCCGAUCAUAUUCAUACAAAUAAAAAAGUAUUCAUUUGUCAUUGGAAAGAUUGUUCACGAGAACAAAAACCAUUUAAAGCACAAUAUAUGUUAGUUGUACAUAUGCGUAGACAUACGGGUGAAAAACCACAUAAAUGUACAUUUGAAGGAUGUACAAAAGCAUAUUCACGAUUGGAAAAUCUGAAAACACAUUUACGAUCACAUACAGGUGAAAAACCAUAUGUUUGUGAAUAUCCAACAUGUCAGAAAGCAUUUUCAAAUGCAUCGGAUCGUGCAAAACAUCAAAAUCGUACGCAUUCAAAUGAAAAACCAUAUGCAUGUCGUGUACCUGGUUGUUCGAAAAAAUAUACUGAUCCAUCAUCAUUACGUAAACAUGUUAAAACUGUUCAUGGUGCUGAAGUUUAUGCAACAAAAAAACAUAAAGGUCUUGGUCAUAAUUUGAUCAAUAAUAAUGGUGAUUCGAUUAUCAAUGGGGGUACUGAUCAUCAAAUCGAUAAUAAAAGUAUUAAAAGUAAUAACAGUAAUGGUAAAAAAUGUUCCAAUAAAUUUAUUGUUCGGGCUGAAAUCAACAAUGAUAAUGGUGGUUCGAAUGGUUCGAAUCAUGGUGGAUCAAUAUCAUUGAAUAAUCAUCAUCAACGAUUAUCAAUGAAUGAUGGUGGUAAUUCACCAUAUAAAUCAUCACCAUCGAAUGGUGAUAAUUUUUCACCAUCAAGCAAUUCAUCGAAUGGUUCUGGUUCAGGCGGUUAUGGAUCAUCGCCACCACAAAAUGCGCAAGAUUCGUUGGAAAAUCAACCAAGCUAUGGUAAUUAUUCGAAUGAUAAUUCUCCGGGUAUGUUUAUCGAUGCACCAAUCAGUGAUAAUGCUGUUUCAACAACAACAAUAACAGCAUCAACAUGUCAUAAUGGUAAUGGUUUCGAUACCGAAUGGAUUGUUCCGACAACAGCAACAAACAACAGUGAUUGUGGAUAUGGUGAUAAUGAUAAUGGUGUUGUUGGUGGUGGUUUUAUUCAUAACCACCAACAAUCAACAGGAGCAAAUUAUUCGAAUUUUGAAAUCGAAGAUCAAUCCGGUAUGAUUAUCACUGUAAAUGGCUCCGAUCCAAUUGGUCAACCACGUUCGAAAAAUGUUUUCAAAAAUAAUUUCAAAGCAUUCAAAAGUGGAUUGAAAACAGCUGCCACAUGGCUGCCAAAUAUGUUUAACAAAUCAAAUCGUCAUCGUCAUAAUGAUCAACAACAAUAUGAUCACCAAUCAAAGACAACAAAAUCAUCGAAAACAAAAUUAUCACGAAAUGAUAGUAUUAGUUCAAGUUUACAUUCAAAUUCAUAUUAUAGUUCAGUAUUAGGAUCAGAAAAUUCAAAUUCACAAUAUACAAAUAAUUCUUAUUCAACUAAUGGUAGUCAACAGCAACAACAAUCAUAUGGACAACAACAACAACGUUAUUCUGGAUCAUCUGGUGGAACAGCAACAAUAACUCAACAACAACAGCAAUCAAGUCAACAAACAUCAAUUAAUCGUUGUAAUUCAUAUGAUCCAAUAUCGAUUGAUGGAUCAUCACGUCGUUCAUCGGAAGCAAGUUUAAAUUCGAUUGCCGCAGCUACUAUGUCGUGUAAUCAUAAUCGUUCACAACAACUUAAUCAUCAUCAGCCACAAAACGAACCAAAACAUCUGAAGCAAACUGACAAUCUUGUCAUUCAACCACAAUCAUUAGCAUUAAGUCAUGAUCAACAAUAUGCGGCAAUUUUGCCACCACCGCAGCCAUUACCGCUACCUCCAUCUAAUAUGAUCGUACCAUUUUCACCGCCAUCAUCAUCAUCAAUAUCGUCGUCGGCCAUUAAUCAAAAUGAAACAGCGGCUCAACAACGAUCAUUAACCACAUCGAAUACGGCCACUGCCACGACGACCGCCACCGUAGCUGAUGAACCGAUUAUAUUUCCCGAUGAAAUGGUUCAAUAUCUUGAAACGGAAAUUAUCAAAGAAGAAAUGGUUACCGAAAAUGGACCACAAUUGGUGACAGCUUCAAUGGUAAUGUCACCUGGAACACCAAUGUCAGUUAUGUCACCUGGUGGUUGUUCCACUGUUUCAAUGUUAUCAUCACCUCGAUCAGUUCAAACGGUUAUUGCUAAUAAUGAUGUGCCAUCAUCAAACACCCAACAACAACCUCCAUCAGCUGUUCCACCUCAGCAACAAUCAUCGACGAUUACCGCAACGAUCAAAGUUGAAGAAACAAAUCAAUCCUCUUCGAUACAAGCAAUGCAACAACCGCAAUCAACGAAUUGGCCGGCAACAAAUCCAUCAGUAUCGAAUCAAUUACCAAACAAACCGGUCGUUAAUAAUGGUCAUGGUCAACCGAUUAAUAACAACAACAAUUUGCAAUUAGUAAAUAUGCAACAAAAUUUCUAUCAAAAUGGACCAUUAACAUCACCGGUUCAUUCGGUUCCUUGUCCGCAACAACAGCCACAACAACAACCUGUUGCAAACAAUUGGAAUGCAUCAAACUAUCAAGUAGGUAAUGUUCCUCAACAACAAUCACAGCCAGGUUAUGUUAGACCGACCAAUUGGCAACAACAACAGCAACAAUUUUCAUCAUAUAAUUCAUCAAUGAGAAAUAUUCCACAACAACAACAGCGACAAUGGAAUCCAUCUAAUCAACAACAACAACAACGUAAUACGGCGCCAUAUCAACAACAGCAAUAUUAUGGUUAUGGCCAAAAUCCGCAGCAUUAUAAUAAUCCACAACCGAUAAUGAAUAACGGUUAUUCAACACAGACAUUGAAUAAUAACAAUCAAUUUAAUCAAUGGAAUACGAAUUACAACAACAACAACAAUUAUCAAAUUCAACAACAAUCAACGGAAAAGAAACCAUCACCACCACCUUAUCCAACGAUUCCGGAUGCUAACAAUACGAAUUUUUCAAUGACAAAUUAUUCCUGUUAUCCAAAUAAUGAUGUAACCAUUGCAUCAUAUGAUCAUCAAUCAACAGCAACGAUGCUUCCACCAUCAUCAUCAUCAUCUCAACUUGAUAACAAUAAUAAUAAUAAUUCUGUACAACAACAAACAUCAACGCUGCCAUCGUAUGGUCAACAAUUACAUCGAACACAACAAUCAUCAUCGGCAAUGUCAUGUCGUUCAAUAUCAUCAACAUCAUCAAAUAUGAUGAUUAACGAUAUGAAUUCGACGAUGAAUACAUUUUUUGAGGAAAAUCGUUUUCUAAAAAUUUCACUUAAUUAAUUGUAAUAUUGAUCAAUUUUGUUUGUAUGUUUUGUUCACU